AUGGAACCCAGAGGCGGCUGCCAGCAACAGCAGCAACAGCAGCACUUGCUGCAGCAACACGACCAGUCGCAGCAGCAGGAAGACCAGCCUCAGCAGCAGCAGCAUCGGGCCCAACUCACCGAGCAGCAACACGAGCAGCAGCACCCCAAGAGGGAGGAGCAGCAGCAACAGCAGCAGCAACAACAGCAACAACAGCAACAGCAGCACCAGCACCAGGAGAAGCCAACACACUCCGAUUGCCCCUCUUCAACAGACCCGAGUGCUCGAGAUAUUGUUUAUUGCUGUAGAUGCUGCCGCCACAAGCUCUUCUAUGAAGCGCAGCUGCAGCCUCAUGAGCCGAAGGGGGCCCCCGUAGGGGUCCCCGUAGGGGCCCCUAGGGGGGCUCCCAGCCGGAAGUGUACGAGUGUCUUUGUAGAGCCGCUGGGGUGGAUGAAGGGCCUUGAAGAACAGCAGGGCAAAAUAUUAUGCCCAAACCCAGCGUGUGGGGGUAAACUCGGCAAUUGGAGUUGGGUUGGCCUCAAGUGCUCCUGCGGCCACUGGGCGAGGAUGUUAGUUACUGUGGGGGAGCAGCUAGAGCGGGUUCGUGAGGCGUUGGGGGCCUUCAGAAGAGGCGAAGCAGGGAGGGCGCCCCCCCACAGCAGCAGCAGCCGCAGCAGCAGCAGCAGCAGCAGCAGCAGCAGCAGCAGGAUGGCAGACAUUAGCGGGUUUAUGGAGGAGUGGUGUUUGUUCGGCGAGGCAUUUGUUGCUGUUGACGCUGAACAACUUUGCUGCUUCUUGUGGAGGCACCGGGAGAGACUGCAGCGGAGGCGGCAGCGUCUGCUGUCUGAACGCCGCAGCUCUUUGCAUGCAUUUUUGUCUCUGUCUCCUUCUGCUGAGGAGCUGCAGCGAGGGGGUUGGGGCUUCUUGCUGCAGGAAAGAGACAGUGAAGACAGACCCUCAGACUCUGAUGAAUCAGACGCUUAA